AUGACGAGGAUUCAAAAAAGGGAUCGGUCGGGAAAUGAAAUCUUUAAUGUGGCCAAGACAUUGCCCAUGGAGGAGUGGAUGAUGCAGCCGAUCACGUUCUCAGCCAAAGAUGUCCCGGUGAAUGGUCAAGCACAUGGGGCUCCGCUAGUUAUCACCCUAAUUAUAGAAGAAUGGGGAGUGAAGAUGAUCCUAGUCGAUAAUGGAAGCUCUGUAGAAGUUCUUUUCUAUGACACUUUCAAGAGAAUGCAACUAUCCGAUGAUGUAUUGAUCCCGUCAACCUAUAACAUUUAUAGCUUUAACAGGACGGUGACUAUACCAAAAGGAGAGGUCACAUUGAGAGUCUCAGACGGAGAUGAUUACUUGGAUACUCUUACUACCUUUUAUGUAGUAGAUUUCGUGUCACCAUACAAAGUGAUCAUCGAGAGACCCUGGAUAACGGGCAUCAAAGGAGUCGCUUCUGCAUACCAUCAAAGGCUAAGAUUCCCGACUUACAAGGGUGUGGUUGAGGUUGUAGGGGAUCCGCAAGCCGCUAGACAUUGUGUUCAGAUGGAUAUUCAGAAAAACGAAGAUAGGCGAGCAAUAUCACGUUGA